AUGGGUAAAACUUUAGAGAUUCAAGAACACCUUCCUGCACUUCAUUCUUUACAUACCUAUCAAUACGAAGGCGAUCAAUAUUAUUCUGCCGAUGAAAUUGUUGGAUCGUUCUUUAAAAAGGAGAAAAAUCAAAAAAUCUGCAAUAUUAUCGAAAGAAGCUAUGGCAAACACAUCACGAUCAAUAAUUGCCAACAGCAAGAGAUUGGGUUUCCAAAGGUAAAAAAGUCCGCAAUUUUGUUAAGCUUGGCAGCCGUUAUUGGAACUCUGUUAAAGUUGUCGAAGAAAGAUCAUCAUGAUUUAUUAAUUCAACACCUGUUCCAAACGCAUCCCAAUCACAACAGUGAUCACUAUGAUACACGUAUGGAUGACGAUGAAUUAUUUGAUAAUUCAAUGGAAGAAAUUUUCAACCAGCCUCAAGUCGAGGACCAAGAUGAAGCUUUCAAUCAAUUGGUUGCUGAUGCUGCAUCCUAUUUUGUUGACGAGAACUCUAAUGAAAAUGAUGAUGAUAUUUAUGAAAAUAAUAUUAUAGUAGAAGCUUCUGAUAUAAUUAAUGAUGCAAGUCAGCAACAUGAACUUAAUACAACCUCACAAGAUUACUCUCAAACAAUAGAUAGCAUGGAAAAAGCAAACACUAAUCCUAACCUUUCUCAACAGUGGAACGAUCAAUGGAACGCUUCUCAAAAUUGUAUACAAUAUUCUGGGCUUAAGUAUGUCGAACCAUUCAUUUUGGCAGACCAGACUUGUGAGACAUAUUUGUCCCAAUUUGCACUUUGGAACUAUUUCAAGCCUCAACAGCAAUCACAGCCUCAACAAUUCCCAACACAACCAAUUUGCUCUCAACAAUAUAAUAUUGAACAAUGGAAAAAUUGUUAUACAACUGAUACCGCUUUACAAUCCAAUACAUGUGACUCAUUCAACCAUUCUCAAGCACAAUCUGAUAAUGAUCAACAAGUAGAAUUGAAAUAUUGGGAAUGUGCUUGUUGUAAACACCAAAAAGUCCAAGCAUGUCCUCACAAAUACCCUGGUAUUCAAUCAAAUCAAGACAAUUACAACCGUGGAGCGAAAGAUCGAGCAAAAGAAAUAGUGUCUAUAUUUGAGAAAAUGUUAGGUAAUUUAGGACAUGAUGUACAUGCAUGGCUGGAAUGUUAUCUUCAAACUGAUGAAGGUAUUAAAACAGUAAUCCAAGAAUUAGAGCAAAAUAUUAGAUACAGCCAUCGUUAUCAAAAACUGAAAGAAUAUCUAAUUGAAAAGAAAGAUGUAACUAUUGUGCAAUAUUGGCGAGAUAAUAACUUGAUUUCUGAUGUUACAUAUCAUAACUUACGAAAAGAAGUCAAUUUAAUGACAUUACUCCCGACAAGGAAAGAGAUGACAACAUCGAAACAAUCACUAAAUGAACAAGUUGAGAAAACUUUCAAAUUACGAUGUCCAAGUUCAAACUACAUUGGAUAUAUUAUAGACUUAGAUCAAGCCAUAUUUUAUAUUCUGAAGCUAUGUAUGUCAUUAGGGAAAAAAUUACCCAAGAAAAUAUUUUUUAAAAUUGGGGUAGAUGGUAGAGAAAUUAAUGGAGUUAAACAAGUUGCAGUUGCAUUGGUUCCACUCAAUUUAAGAGAUGUAUUUCCAUCGCAGGCUGUUUAUUCUGUGUUUUAUAUUGGGUUAUUUCAGAUGAAGGAAACAAAAGAAAGUAUCAAAGAAACAAUUGGAACGCUUCACGAUGAGAUUGAGCGUGUUUUGCAAAAACAAUAUUUUGGGAAGCAUCAAGUUUGCCUUUUUUAUGUUUCAGACAUGCAUAAUGUAGGCAUGACGUUCUCAUUUGAUUUAUGUCCCUAUUGUAUGGCUCAAACUAUUGUAGAUUUUGCAUCAACUCCACGCGACUCUCUUGACGGCCAGUUACCUUUUUCUCCAUCACAAACAAUACUAUGUGCUCUUCAUAUCAAACAGAGGCUAGUAGAAAAUGUUAUUGGUUAUAUGGCAUCAACAACUUACAAAUAUGAGAUUCAGAAAAAUAUACAAACAUUACAUGGAUUGGAAACAUUUAAUUGGAAAGAGUUCCACGAACGAGUAUCGAAUUAUGGAAUUUCUCAAACCUCAGCACGAUCAUCAAUCAAGUCAUGUAUGCUGUCGGGAGAUCAUUGUAACACUAUUUUACAAAAUAUUGAGAAAGUUGUUGAUAAUAUUGAACCAAGCACCAAACAAAAAUAUUUACAAAUUCUGAAAUUGUUGCGAAAUAUUAUCAUUAUUAUUGAAAUGCAUCAAGAUAACGAAAAUAAUGACAAUGUAUUGACAGCAAAUAAGAUUGUGGAAUUGGACAAACUGAUAAUGCAAUUCUUAGUUGCGUGUUUUUCAAUAUGGACUCAAGGAAUUAAAGCUCAUUAUUUCCAUUUUAUAAUUCAUGUACCCUCAAUAAUGAGCUCUCUUUUCAAAGAAAAAUUAUCACUCUCGAUUUUGAGUAAUCAGGGAUUCGAACGGUCUCAUUUAUUUCACCAUGCAGUGUUUAAUCGAAUUAUUAACAAUGGAGGAGGUCGUACUCAAAUACACCCAACCAAACAAUUGCUAUUGUGGCAAUGUCGAAAGGUAUUAGUCGCAAUUGACUUGAAGGAAAAAACAGGAGAAACAUAUUGGCAUGAAAAACGUUUAAAAAAGCUUUAUUCUUGGGAUGCAAGUCAUGUCAAACCACAAAAGGAAUUGUAUCAAUGGUAUGAUGCUUCUUUAGUGGACCCAACCAUAAUUACGGAUCGUGAUAAUUUGAACAUGAUGAUUCAAAAGAUCCAAGAAAAUGACAAGGAGAACAGGAAGAAGCAAACUUCCAAAGAUACAGACACCAAUGCCUUCGCUGGGAGAGUAACUGCAACAAUGUCACACAAGAAACGGAAAGGAUGUCCUAGCAAUGAUGAAUGA